AUGCGCAGAUCCAAACGGACAGUUUGAGCACGCGCAUUAAAGUUGCUGAGGAGACGCUUCCUGUGUAUCGGAUGAAGAUGGCAGCGCCCAUAUCCAUACACCUGGAGUUCGGGGGUGGAGCUGAGUUACUAUUUGAUGGUGUUAAGACUCAUCAUGUAACACUGCCAUCUCAGUCUGAGCCAUGGGAUGUGAAACAACUGUUGGAAUGGAUUAAAGCCAACCUUUUGAAAGAACGGCCAGAACUAUUCAUCCAGGGAACUACAGUGAGACCUGGGAUCUUGGUAUUGAUCAAUGAUGCAGACUGGGAGUUGAUGGGUGAAUUAGACUACAAACUUCAAGAUCAGGACAACAUUGUGUUCAUCUCCACUCUACAUGGAGGUUAAAACAGACUGAUAACACUGCAAGCCAACAUUGUUCACAUACUUAUUCUAAAAAAGAAUCUCUUCCAUAUUUAAUCCAAGGAUUGUUGAAGAGGUCAACGUUUUUUAAAUGGAUGUGUCUGUCUGUCUGUCUUGUUCUUACAUACAGGAUUUAAUUUAGCAGGCAGAUAAAUUUGGACUGGUUUGUGGAAUUCAUUUUUGGUGAGAUUAAAGGGAGGGAUUAAAGAAAGAUAACCAAAAAACCUUAUGUCACUUUGGAAGGGAUCAUAGAAAAUGUCACUUUCAAUUAAAUAUUAAUUUAACUUUUUCCUUUAUAUAUAUAU